AUGGAAGCUCUCUUCUCUGCAAUCUUGGGAGAACUCGCCGCUCGAUCCCUCUCCUUCUUGAUCGACAGAUGCUCCUCCAGCGCGUCGCCGCCGCCGCCGCCGUCGAAGGAGGAGAAGAUCCAGAGGCUGGAAAGGAUGCUGCUCCGGCUCGCCGUCGCCGUGGAAGACGCCGAGGGGAGGUGCAUCACGAGCCGUGCCAUGCUUCGUCAGCUCAACAUGCUACGGCGAGAUAUGCACAGAGGCUACUACCUUCUCGACACCUUCAGACUGCAGCAAGCCGACGAGGACGACGACAAAGUGAGUUGCGACACCUUAGCUCUGUCUAAAUUCAACCCUGCCAAGCGUGUCAGAGUCCCUGUUGGUAGUAGCAGACGAGCUGGAGAGGGAGAGCUCGAGCAGGUGCUUCACAGCCUCGAGAUCGCCAUGGCUGACAUGGUUGAGUUCGUUCUGCUUCUGAACAACUACCCUUGCAUCCAUCGCCAGCCAUACAGCACCUACCUGUUCAUGGACAGGUGCAUGUUUGGGCGCCAGAUGGAGAUGGAACAUGUCAUCAACUUCUUGUUGCAUCCGGAGUCCCCAAACAGCUACAAUGUUGGCGUCUUGCCGAUCAUCGGUGCAGCGAAAGUUGGGAAGAGCACACUUGUUGAGCAUGUGUGCUGUGACGACAGGGUGCGCAGCCACUUCUCUCGUAUCAUCUUUCUCAGCGACAGCGAUUUCAGCGAGGGUACAUCAUUGCUUAACUUGAGCGAUUCAGGAGUGAUCAGGCAUAAACAUAGCUCAUCUUCAGCUUCAAGUGGAGGGGAAAGACUGUUGGUUGUUGUCGAGCUAGCUGAGGAUACUGAUGGUGAUGGCUGGAGAAAGAUGUACUCAUCUUCUCAGAGCUGCAUUCCAACUAGAACUAAAAUCAUCGUCACAAGCCGGUCAGACAAGAUCGCAAAUCUUGGAACGACGCAGCCGCUUCACCUCAAAUUCUUGUCCAGAGAAGCUUACUGGUACUUCUUCAAGGUGCUCGCAUUCGGAAGCUCAGAUCCUGAAGAACACCCCAAGGUAGCAUCCAUAUCAAUGGCGAUGUUCAAUCUCUACUUCGACCAUGAGAUGCACAACAACUUCAUUGGGCCAUUCAUAGACCUAAACAACAUGGCCAACAUGAUCCAGCAAGCUACUGUUCAUGAGGGUAACUAUCUGAGCCUUCGUGAAUGCAUCAGGUAUUACUUUCUGCACAGGAGAGGAGGUGGCUCGAUUGAUUCUGAACCAAGGAGGAAGUGUGUCUUUGUUCCUAGGAAAGAUGAAAAUGAGCGCUACUACUGUGAGGUGUACAACCAUUGCCGUGUAAGGCUUGCUCAUGAAGAAGAAGAAGAAGAAGAUGAUGAUCCCAGAAUUGAUUUCAAAGAUGUCUUGUCUGGAAGAGUUGCUCCUCAUGGGAGAUUUGAUGCUGUGGUGUGGAGAUCUCACUUGCCUCCCUACUACAACUACAUAUGUAGCUGUGAGAUACACAAGUACAAGUCUCUAGCUACUUGCAGGAUGGAGCUUCGACAGAAAAGGAAGGUUCAGGCUCCGUUAAAAAUGUCAUCGCUAAACUGA